UUUUUGCCCUCUGCUCGGUUAGUUUCGUUUUCCUUCCAGCUGAUCGAAGCAGCGCAGCGGACCAGAAACGUACUGAUACCAAAACAUGGCCAGGCACCUGAAGCCCCUCGUUCAGCGGUGGUCCUCCCGUGUUUUUUCUGUGGAGCUAGAUGGAGCGCCGCUGUAUUUUGGAAUCAGGGAAAAGCUCCGAGGAGCAACCGUCCUACCUGCGGUUUUCUCUAGGCUCCAGAAGGAGGACAGGUGCUACUCUCUGCUUGUCUGCAGCAGGGACCGAAUCAGAGGAGACAGGUUUCACUGGGAGCUCAGAGACAAACUGCUGAAGGACUUGCCUCCGAGCUCUGAUGUAGCCACCAUGUCCUCCUUUCUCCCAGACGAGAAGGGCUCUCUGGUCAAAGGCUACUUUUUCAAAAGCAGGGCUGACAAUUCCCCCCUGAUAGAGGGAAUUUUAAGCGAUUUAGAGCACACUGAUUCGGUGUUAGUGUGUUCAUACUCUCAAAGUGAAGAUGGUCAGCAGUGGACUCAGAGUCUGUGGUCCCAUGCAGAGAAAAAACAGAUGAAGUUCUAUGUGGUGCCUUCAGAAGCACCAAAACAUCACCCGUCUGCACUCAACAUGAUCAACUCUGAUGUUUUCUAUAGCUCGGAUGAGGCCUGUGACGUGUUGAAAAAGUGUGGUGACAUCAUCCCAGAGACCCAGUCUGUUCUGAGGAUGCUUCCCAGCAGAGUGGAUGCCAGAAGAAAACCAGACUUCCCUGUUAUUGUCAUAGAGGGCCUGGAUGCCACAGGAAAGACUACUCUUACAGAGUCUCUACGGGACACUCUGGGGGCCACACUUCUGCGGUCUCCUCCCCAGUGCUUGUCCACCUGGAGAGCCCGCUUUGAUCGAGAACCACCUAUAAUUCGGAGGGCCUUCUAUGCAGUCGGCAACUACAUCACUGCUGAGCAAAUAUGUCAAGAGAGUGCCAAGUCACCUGUUAUUGUUGACAGAUUCUGGCAUAGUACAGCCGCUUACGCCAUCGCCACUGCAGUAACCGGCCCAGUGAGUAACCUUCCAUAUGACGGCUCCGAGGUGUACUGUUGGCCCGGUGACCUCCUCCAGCCCAGCCUGGUGGUCUUACUCACUCUGGACCCAGAGGAGAGAACGAGGAGGCUGAGGAACAGAGGUCUAAUGAAGACUGAUGAGGAGCAGGAGCUGGAUCACAACAAACGUUUCAGAGACAGAGUUGAGGAAGCUUAUCGGAGGAUCAUCGGCCCACUCUGCAUCACCGUGGAUGCAAGCCCCUCUGCAGACCUAGUGCUCCAACAAGUGCUGCUUUUAAUUAGGGCCAAAUGCCACUUGUAAACAGUUCUCCCUCUCACUCCCUGCUGACAGCCGAUAAGCCAACUGAUGCAGUACCUCCUGUCGCCACUGGGUGCCAGUAAGGUGUUGUCAAUAAGGCGGCAGGAGGGCAGGUGGCCAGAUUGGAGUAUGGAAAAGAGAUUCUGCUCACAAUGAGUAAAGGUCGAGUGGCCAGGAGCCAGAAUGGCAUACUGCAGACAAAAAAUACAUAUUAAUGUGGAACACAAACAUCCUCUCACAGGAGGAUUGUUACAAACAAGUCUGUAUUUCACUUUUUUAAAAUAGGCUGUUGUGCAGCCCUCAUAAUUACACUUAAGCUCUAAUAAUAUAUGCAGCUAUCUAAAUUAAUUUGUUAAAUAUUUUUAAGUUUUGAAAAAUAAACUCCAAAUUUGAACAAAUCUUGUUUAAAAAAGAAAGACUCACAAUGUGCAUUGCUAACUUUGGAUGGAUAGUUAAUCUCACUUUAUUUAAUGCAGAACUUUGCCGUAACAUGAAACACAUGCAACAAGUCUAAUAAAACAUUUAACCAUUGCUUCAUUACAGAUUUUGUAUAUUUGUAAAUACCUAUGUGCACACUUUGUACAAUACAUAAAGUUAAAAUUCCACCUACAUUCCCAAACAAAUCUGUGGCAAAGUUGUCUUUUUUUCUGAUUAGACAAAAAUAAAGAAAUGCACCUUGAGGGUCUCAGCUGGAAUGGUGAAAUCACAUGUACGCAGAACGAUUAUGUCAUUUCAUUGACUUUGUACAUGGAGUUUUAAUAAUGAGGAUUAAAGUUUUAACAGCUGCAUGA